AGUUGACAAUUAAACUUCGACAAGUGCAGGCGCUGUAUUUCUGCUACUACAAAGCAUAAAAAAACACUAUUUGUAUAAGUUACGUUUUUCAAAUAAUCAGUUUUGAAAUAGUACCUCGUCAUAUCGAAAGUGCAUUUAACUGAACGGACGAUGGUGGAUUACAGUAAAUGGAAAGAUAUUGAAAUUUCAGAUGAUGAGGACGACACUCAUCCGAACAUCGAUACACCAUCAUUAUUCAGAUGGCGGCAUCAAGCAAGAGUUGAAAGAAUGGAAGAACAGAGACGUGAACAUGAAGAACAUGAAAGGAAAAAAGCAGAGACUUUACAAAAGUUGAAGAGCACAAAGGAACAACUUGCAAAACUGGAAAAUGAGCAAAGUGCUGAUUUAACUGGAUUGAAGAAAGUUUUGCAAGAUCUGGAAGAGGAACAAAAAAAGAUACAGGAUAAGGAAAACGAAAUGAAGAAGAAAGAAAAGCUCACACCUUGGAACGUUGAUACCAUUGGACAAGAUGGAUUUGCAAAAACAGUGAUUAAUAAAAGGACAGCACGUAAGGAUGAUGACAGUGGUUUGUCAGACGAAGAAAAGGAAAAGAAAAUAAAAGAAUUUGUGAAAGAGAAUGAAAAGGCAUUGAAGCAAUUUGGUAUGCUCAGGAAGUAUGAUGAUAGUAAGAAAUACCUGCAAGAGAAUCCACAGUUAGUAUGUGAAAAUACCGCGAAUUAUUUAGUAAUCUGGUGUAUUAAUCUAGAAAUAGAAGAAAAACAUGAUUUAAUGGAGCAUGUUGCUCAUCAAUGCAUAUGCAUGCAGUACAUUCUGGAAUUGUCGAAACAGUUGGACGUGGAUCCAAGAGCAUGUGUAGGUUCCUUCUUUAGUCACAUUCAAAAUGCCGAGAUAGAAUACAAAAAUUCCUUUGACGAUGAAUUAAGAGCGUUCAAAGAAAGAAUACGUAAGAGAGCUGCUGAGAAAAUAGCAGAUGCUCUUAAGGAAGCUGAGGAAGAAGAGAAAAUGGCACGCAUUGGUCCGGGUAACCUUGAUCCAGUUGAAGUAUUUGAGAGUCUUCCAGCGCCUUUGAAAGUAUGCUUUGAGACGCAGAGUCACUCUUUAUUGCAAGAGACAUUAGCAGCGAUGCCACAGAAUGAAGCAGUUUAUCACAUGAAACGGUGUAUUGAUAGUGGUCUUUGGGUACCUGACGCGAAAUCCAAGGAGUUAAUUGAUGGAGAAACAUCUGCGGAAAAUGUGGAAGAAACGCCGAAACCUGAAUAAUAAUACGUAUCUGUAAAUCAUGUGCGUUGACUUUCAUGACUCAUUUUUAUGCAAGUAUCCUUUAGUACUAUGAAUAUGUUACAAUAAAAGUAUUAUCAUUGGACAAUGAACACGA